AUGAAGAAAACACGCACGUCCGUUUCUUCGCAACCACCACCAUCACCACCACCAGCAGCUCAAACUGGAAUAGGGUUAGGAACCAUCAUUACCAUCUACCUAACCUGCAUUAUCAAUGGGUUCGACGUAAGCAACGUAGCCAACAUCCAACCACAGCUUUACGAAGCUUUUGGUCAUAUCGAGCUUCUCCCAUGGAUCGGGCUUUCUUACUCUCUUGCAAACUUUGCCACGCUGGCGUUUGCUCGUAAGAUCAUCGAUUUCUUCAAUAUCCGUUACGUGUACAUCGUCAGCAUCGUCAUCUUUUUCGUUGGUGCGACUCUAGCGGGUGUAGCGAAAAACAUCUCCACGGUCAUCGCUGGCCGAGCGAUCAUGGGGAUUGGAGGUUCUAUUUGUCAAAACUGUGCGAUAUCAUACUUUGCCAUGUAUGCAACGGACAGUCAAAGUCCUCUCCUAUACGGCAUAAUGAGCGGGCUAUGGGCAAUUGGUCUUGUUGUAGGCGGUCCGGUAGGUAGCGCGUUUGCGGAGGGCUCGACCACGUCUUGGAGGUGGGCUUUCUUCAUAAAUCUACCGUUCUUGGGCCUUGCCAUCAUCUGCGCUGUCAUCUUUGUACCAAGCAGACCUGAUUCUGAUGAUCUUCCUCUACGAGAUCGCCUUGCCGAUACUGGCAUCCUUGGGAUUGUCCUCCAAAUUACUACAACUAUCUUGUUCGCCAUCGCCGCCACCUUUUCUGGCCCUGUAUGGGAGUGGAACUCGGCACCCUGUAUCGCCAUCUGGACCGUCUUCGCCGUCGUUCUCGCGGCCUGGGGUUUUCAGCAACUUCGAAGUUACCAGACUCGACCUGGCUAUCAAGUGAUACCCAUCACAGUCAUGACACAGCGUCACAUGCUCCCUCUUUGGGUCGCUUCGGGCUGCGCUGGUGCCACCUACGCCAUCAUGCUUUACUACAUGCCGCUCUUUUAUUCUUUCUCAAAGGGCCUGGGCGCACUACAGCAGACGGUGCGGCUAUUGCCUUUCAUUCUCACCUUCAUUCUCACCGUGGUCAUCAUCGCUGCUUCCUUACCGAGAAUGAAGCAGUACGGCGUAAUCUACUUCGCCGGCGGUGUCAUCACACUCUCAUCGGCAAUAGCCCUUGCGACUACGAUCUCGCCGGGUGUUCCUGAGAGCAAGGUCAUGGGUCUCACGGCUCUCGUGGCCGUGGGACUUGGCCUGCACUUCCAGCACAGCAAUGCCAUCUCCAACAGGAUCAACAAGGAUCUUCGAGACCGGGUCGAAUGCGCUGCGCUGUUGAACAUGAGCCUUAUGGGGGGCAUAUCCAUGGCGCUGAUCAUCGCAGGCGCUAUCUACGAAAAUCGUGGCAUGUCCCUGUUGAAGUCCGCCCUCGGGUCUGCAGACUAUCCUGAGGCAGACCUUCGCGAGGCGCUGGCGGGCGUUUCGCGUGGUACCUUGGCAGGGGGCGAAGCCCAGUUGAUGGCUCAUGGUGCGGAAGUAACGUGCAAAGCCAUUUCGCUCCUUCUCUAUAUUGUCUCGCCUAGCGGUGCUCUCUGCUUCGCUUGCGGUGUACUUGCUGUAUUUGACCAUGUGUCAGUAAGCGGGUCUGAGCGGAAAAAGCCUGUCAAGUGA